AUGUACUUCUCAGCAAUCCAGUUCAUCCACGACGUUAAGACAGGACCUUUCUGGGAGCAUUCUCCAGUCUUGUACGACAUCAGUGGGAUCAAAGAUGGGUGGGGUAAGAUCAACAAGGGCAUGCUGAAGAUGUAUGCUGCAGAGGUGUUGGGCAAGUUCCCGGUCGUGCAGCAUUUUCCUUUCGGAAGUAUGUUUCAGUGGGUUCGAGAUCCCGACGCCGUAGCAGCUCCCUCAACUUUCCACGCCAGGCAGCAACCGUCAACCAUCAAGACCGAGGACGUAUCUUCUGGGCAAUCUGCUUCUGUAUCAGGCACCAAGGCUCCCUGGGCUCAACCUGGUGUCGGGAUGCCWCAGAUGCAGGCUGCUACGGGUAUGCCGACUACGAGAGCGCCAUGGGCCGGCCGGCCGUCCGCCGGGCUACGCACGAGCAUGCCAGCUCCCGCACCGCGCCGGUCUCUGCCCAAGAGGGAAGACCAGUAA